UUGCUUUGCCCGUCCGGCUGGCUGUGUUCUUGUUCCCCCUGGGACUUGUGGCCGCAGGCUACCUCAUCAAGUGGAGACGGUCUUACUGGCUCACCAAGAUUGUCCGUCUCUUGGUCCAGAAUUGUAUAGAUGUGAACCAGGCGCUCUACUUCCAAGGCCGUCCUCUGUUCACCACAGCUGCGCAUGUGCGUGCAAAUAUUUUUGCU